GCCACUGUCGCCGGGUCUGAGUAAAUGUACUUACAUAUUUAUGAUAUUGAAUUUUUUAAUCUCCCAUAUUCAUAUCUUUUAAGAACUCGCUUAGUUCUGACCAAUAACAAAGAUAAAUUAAUAUUACAGAUAACAGUAUAGGUUAAAGUUAAAACAGAAUUAUUAUAAUUAUUUUAAAAGAAGGAAGUAGAGCUUGUAAAAAUGUCUAAAAUUGAUCAGAGAUUUGUGCUGCCACAACGAUAUGCUGGAGCUGAGCCAAGUGUUUGGAAUGAAUAUAUCCAAAUGGCAAUAGAUUAUAAACCUUUAAACCUCGGUCAAGGUUUUCCAGAUUACCCACCUCCUCAAUAUAUUAUGGAUACUUUAGGACAAGUGGCUACCAAAUCUGACCCAAUUCUUCAUCAGUACACAAGAGGAUUCGGUCAUCCUAGAUUGGUCCGUGCACUUUCGAAACUUUACUCAAAACUCGUAGGAAGACAAAUCAACGAAAGAACUGAAAUUGUCACUACCAGCGGAGCUUACGAGGCGUUAUUUUCUGCUAUUUCAGGACAUACAGAUGUAGGAGACGAAGUAAUAGUUAUAGAACCAUUUUUUGAUUGUUAUGAACCAAUGAUUAAAUAUGCUGGUGGAACGCCUAAAUUCAUCCCUUUGAGAUUGAAAGAAGUCGCUGAGAGAUUGCCUACAUCCGCAGAUUGGGUUUUAGAUAAAAAAGAAUUGGAAAAUCUUUUUAACGAAAAAACAAAAAUAAUAAUACUGAAUACUCCUAAUAAUCCACUAGGAAAGGUAUUCUCGAUGGAAGAACUGACUCAUAUAGCUGAUCUUUGUAAAAAAUGGAACGUACUUUGUAUAUCCGACGAAGUAUAUGAAUGGUUGGUGUACAAACCGCAUAAGCAUAUCAGAAUAGCUACUUUACCCGGCAUGUGGGAGAGAACCAUAACGAUAGGAUCAGCCGGAAAAACGUUCAGUGUUACUGGUUGGAAAGUAGGUUGGGCAUAUUGCCCGGCAAAUUUAAUGAAAAACCUCCAGAUGGUACACCAAAAUAGCGUUUAUACCGGGGUCACACCUAUCCAGGAAUCCGUUGCGAUCGCUUUUGAAAAGGAAAUGGAACGAUUAGAUAGCGAAGAAUGUUUCUUUAACUCUUUGUCCAAAGAACUUGAAGCGAAAAGAGAUUACAUGGCUAAAGUUCUUGUAGAUGUAGGGAUGAGACCAACAGUACCUGAUGGAGGUUAUUUCAUGAUUGCCGAUUGGUCUCCUCUUGAGUCUAAGGUAGACCUAACUGCAGAAAAAGAUAAAUACAAGGAUUACAGAUUUACAAAAUGGAUGUCAAAGAAAGUUGGACUCCAAGGCAUUCCUCCUACAGUAUUUUACAGCACCGCCAACAAGCAUUUAGUCGAAAAUUACGUCAGAUAUUGCUUUAUAAAGAAAGACGAAACUUUACAAGAAGCUGAAGAAAUUUUGCAGAGAUGGAAGAGUACAGGAAAAUAGAUUAUUUAUUUUUUCCUAAUAAUAAUAUUAAAGUUUUAAAAU